AUGACUAUUUUUCACUUCUUUCUCUUAGCCAUCAUUCUUUUUCUCUCUCUCAGCAUCUUGUCCAAAACAAGAAGGUUCCGGAAUCUUCCUCCAGGACCAUUCUCUUUUCCUAUAAUCGGAAACCUCCACCAGAUGAAACAACCCCUCCACCGCACGUUCUACGCCCUUUCGCAGAAAUACGGCCAAGUCUUCUCCCUCUGGUUCGGUUCGCGCUUCGUCGUUGUUGUUUCAUCGCCCGAGGCGGUGCAGGAAUGCUUCACCAAAAACGACAUCGUCUUGGCCAACCGGCCUCAGUUCCUCUCCGGGAAGUACAUCGGUUACAACAACACCACCGUCUCGGUGUCCUCCUACGGCGACCACUGGCGCAACCUCCGCCGCAUCAUUGCGCUCGAGGUUCUCUCAACGCACCGUUUGAACUCCUUCUCGGAAAUCCGAAGGGACGAGAUCAUGAGGCUCGUGCGAAAGCUCGCUCACGACUCCCGCAACGGCUUCACCAAAGUGGAACUUAAAACAAGGUUUUCGGAAAUGACAUUUAACACUAUAAUGAGGAUGGUGUCGGGGAAAAGAUACUACGGUGAUGACUGUGAUGUGAGCGAUGUGGAAGAAGCAAACCAAUUCAGAGAUAUCACUAAAGAGUUGGUGAUGAUAGGAGGGGCGAAUAACCCUGGAGAUUUCUUGGCUUUGCUGAGAUGGUUUGAUUUUGAUGAUUUGGAGAAGAAGCUAAAGAGGAUUAGUAAGAGAACCGAUGCAUUCUUACAAGGACUCAUUGACGAACAUCGAAAUGGAAAGCACAGUGCCAAUACUAUGAUAGCUCAUCUCCUAACUCAACAACGAUCACAACCUGAAUAUUACACCGAUCAAAUCAUCAAAGGACUUGCCCUGGUUAUGUUACUUGCAGGAACAGACACAUCAGCUGUAACUUUAGAAUGGGCAAUGGCUAGUUUAUUAAACCAUCCAGAAAUAUUAAAGAAGGCAAAAAGUGAAUUAGACAUCCAAAUAGGUCAAAAUUGUCUAGUAGAUGAACCUGAUAUUCCUAAACUUAGUUACCUUCAAAACAUUGUUAACGAGACACUUCGUUUGCAUCCUGCUGCUCCAAUGUUGGUACCCCAUUUGUCUUCAGAAGAUUGUAACAUAGGAGAAUAUAAUCUUCCACAAAACACCAUUGUGUUAGUCAAUGCUUGGGCUAUUCAUAGAGAUCCAAAUUUGUGGAGUGACCCUACACAUUUUAAGCCUGAAAGGUUUGAGAAUGAAAGUGAAGUUAACAAGAUGCUUCCAUUUGGGUUAGGGAGGAGGGCUUGCCCUGGAUCAAACUUAGCUCAACGCACGGUCAGCUCAACUUUGGCCUUGCUGAUUCAAUGUUUUGACUGGAAAAGAACUAGUGAAGAAGAAAUUGAUAUGGUUGAAGGAAAAGGCAUCGUUGUAUCUAGAAAACUUCCUUUAGAAGCUAUGUGCCAAGUCCGGCAAUCACCAGCAAUUAGGGAUAUUUUCUAG